AGGCACUCGGUUUGUUAUGCAUAUUUCACAAUAGUGAACAAACAAUGGAUUGUCAACACAUUCUUAGUCAACUCAAUGAACAAGGCCCAUGUUCUGUCUCAUGUCGACUCGAUCAAAGAGCCAAGUUUACCAGCUCUUUAGGAGAAUUUCGAACGCUUCCUUUGAAGCAUGGAUGCUACGAGUGUUUAGCAUUGUAGACCAGUCUUUGGCGGUGUGAUAGGAGCCGCAUCUAUCAUAUAUAAGACUCUGCAAGUGAAUUGUCCCCAUACGAAUGUUGACGACGCGAUAUCCAUGAGUUGGACACCCCGCAAACAAACCAAUAGUGCAGAUCCGCCAGCAGCCGAUAGCCAACCCUAGUGCGAGACAGAAACUCAAAGCAAACAAGCCCUAAUAAGUGAAGAUGGUUACAGUUCCGCAAACCAAUAAUUUGAAGAGAAAGUCUUCGCGUUGGCAAAACCUCCCCCCCUAUGGCGAGGAGAACGGCUCGGAAUUCGAAAGUGAUAGCUCGAAGUGCUCCCUUCUUCUUUUCUUGCGUGAUCUUGAAGCAAACCAGAAAAAAUGGAGCCAAUUCGUCAACAUGUUAGAGAACUCACCAGGCAUAAUCGACGAAAGCAGUAUUGCGGCCCAACUAUUAGAGGCCAUGAAAGGGGUCUCAAAGGUUGAUCAAGAUUACAUCAGUCCCGACGCCCCCGACACAAAGAAGAGGCGUAUCGAUAUACUGGGCAAUUCGGCCGCAGGUGAAAUACUCGCAGAGUACAAUGAAUUGAUUCGCCUGGCCCGCACGCUUUUUUCAGGUGAGCUCACCGAUGUCUUGGGCGAUUUGUACCGGCGGAAUCUAGGGCGGGAUUUUGGCGAUAAGAAUUACACGCUUGAAGAAAUCAUGCAUAUGGCGCGGUCAUGGGGAGAAGUGCGGUAUCGAUUUAUGAAUCAUUUGUUAAGGGACGACCCGAAUAUGGGACCAACUUACAGCAUGGGCCAUCGUCGCAUCAAAGGCGACGCCGCCAACGAGAUGAUUCACGAGUCAAAUGUUGUUGCUGACUCGAAGCUCGUAGAAUUCCGCAUGGAUAAAGGCAUCGGGUAUACCGCCCAAGAUCGUGCCAUUUUCGAACAGACAUACCUCCUCACGCCCGAGGAGGGUCGGGAGAUCGUCAGUAACAGCGGGCAGAACACGGGGCUUCGAAUCGGGCUCCCGCCCGUCUUCGCAUAUAUCGCAGGGUUCAUCAAUGGGAUCGUCAAUUGGCGCGUCCGAGUCCUCGAGGCCUCGCGCAAGCAGACCCUGGCUAGCCAGGCCUACCACCAAGCACGGGGGUUCACAGCCAAACAAGCGAUCCUCGACGCGCGACACCAGCCGAAUCACCGGGGUCUCGCGUCGGUCGACGGCCCGUACGCCAACGACUUGAUCCCGACAAUAAAGUCGCUCCUCGAAGAAGCACGCACGCAGAACGCGUUUCUCAGAGAGACCUUUAACAAACUAGAGACUACGGUGAGCACAAUGAUUCAAGCGGUGCGGACUUCCCCCAUGAACAGCGUAAGUCCAGAAUUGGCGCAAAAUGCCCAGUUCACCACAAUGCUGAAUGCUUUCCCCGGCCCCUUCACCCUGAUCCGGCCAACGGGUGCCUCCAUCAUCAAUGUCCGACGGGCCCCUCGAAGCCGCAGUUAUAAGCCGAGAUACCAAAUGCAAGUAAGAGAGAAUAUAGAGCUAGUGAUCAGUGCAUAAGGCUGGUAGCCGGAGUUAUCCGCGAGUAUUUGUUUUGUUUUUGUUUAUGAUUUUUUUUUUUUUUUUUUUU